AGGAGAGGUCUUGGCCAGACCCCAAGGACACCCCCUUCCCUCCUGCCCAGCUGCAUGCGGUCCUUGGCUCGCCAGGGGAGCUGGUUCCGGGCAGAGGCAGUGCAAGGGGCAGAGGCCAAGGCUGGAGCUAGGCUGAACCAGCCCUGUGCACCCCAGGACAGUGCCUGCAGUCACCCACCACAGUCAGGAGGUAGAGGAACAGGAGAGGAACCAUUUAGACUUAUCCUCCCGUCUUCCAGCCUCAGUUUCCCUCUUUGACAAAACCAAGUCAUAAAUACCUCCUCCCAUCUCCUUCACAGCCCAAACUGCCUCCAACUUACAGCAAUUCUCCUGCCUCAGCUUUUUCACUGCUAGCAAGACUGUCAACCUUACAAAAGGGGAAGGGCACUUGGCUUGUUUAAAUGUUGGGGGGCGGAUCCUGGCACAGUGCUGCACCUGGGAGAGGGACUUCAGGGUCCCAAGCUGGACACACAGCCCCUGACCCUGACCUGAGCCUCGACCUCCUCGGUGCUGCUCGUCGUGUACCCUCCAAGGCCCAUGGGCGGCGCAAGGCGGCUAUAAGGAGCGUCCUUACCCGCUGCCUCCUGCCACCAUGCGCGCACUGCUGCUACUGCUGCUCCUGGCUCCAGGGUCUGCGCUGCGCUCCCCGCAGCCCCCGGAGGCGCGCGCCAAGCUCUGUGGUCACCACCUGGUGCGUGCGCUGGUGCGGGUGUGCGGUGGCCCGCGUUGGUCACCCGAGGCCACGCAGCCUGUGGACACCCGCGACCGGGAGCUGCUGCAGUGGCUGGAGCAACGACAUCUCCUGCACGCGCUCGUGGCCGAUGCGGACCCCGCGCUAGACCCGGAUCCCGCGCUGGACCCGCAGCUUCCUCACCAGGCUUCUCAGCGCCAGCGCCGCAGUGUGGCCACCAACGCUGUGCACCGCUGCUGUCUCACUGGCUGCACCCAGCAAGACCUUUUGGGUCUGUGUCCCCACUGAAGGAUUGUAGGGCUCAGGUGGUGUGUGUCAAUUAUUCCCCACCUCCCAGCUGUGCCAAUGAAACACCCCCGGAUUGCCUUGGAGGAUCCCUAGUUUAUUCAUAGAUCCCAGAAACCAAGGACCACAGGUUCUGUCCCCAGGGAGCCCCAUCAUGACCUGUGCCCACCUCCUCCCUGCAGGCCAACAGUCUAAAUAAAAAAGCA